UUUUUUAAAAUAAACUAAAUUAAUUUAUUUUUAUAUUUAAUUUGUAUAUUCCAAGAUGCUCAUCCAAAUUAAGGGAGGAGUCUGGAAAAACACAGAGGAUGAAGUCCUCAAGGCAGCUGUCAUGAAAUAUGGACUCAAUAAUUGGUCCAGAGUCUCAUCAUUAUUGGUAAAUAAAUCAGCGAAGCAAUGCAAAGCAAGAUGGUUUGAGUGGUUAGAUCCUCAUAUAAAAAAGACCGAAUGGUCAAGAGAGGAGGAAGAAAAGCUUCUACAUUUGGCAAAAUUAUUUCCGACACAAUGGAGAACAAUUGGACCAUUAAUAGGAAGAACAGCCUAUCAGUGCCUCCAACAUUAUGAACGUCUCCUAGAUCAAGCCCAAGGCCGAGAAGAGGAUGACCAAUUUGAUCCAAGAAAACUUAGACCGGGGGAGAUUGACCCCCAAUUGGAAUGUAAGCCCUCAAGGGCUGACGCUGUGGAUAUGGAUGAUGACGAAAAGGAAAUGUUGGCUGAAGCAAGAGCACGUUUAGCUAACACACGUGGUAAAAAGGCUAAAAGGAAGGCACGUGAGAAGGCAUUGGAACAAUCAAAAAGGAUCGCAAUGUUACAAAAACGUAGGGAAUUAAAAUCGGCAGGAAUAAAUGUCAGAAAUUUCAAAAUGAAAAAAAUUACGAUGGAUUAUGAAAAGGAAAUACCGUUUGAAAUGCAACCUCCGAAGGGAUUCUAUCCUCCAGAUGAAGAAAGACCAGCAAACCUAUCAAUUAAAAAUAUUGAGCAACUGGAAGGAAUUCGCCGAGACCAAGAAAUGAAUAAAUUGAGAAAAGAUGAUAUAAGGAAGUUAAAGAGAUUACAGAAUGACGACACUCCAGCUGCAAUGUCAAUUUUUGAAAAGUACGACAAAUCUAAGACAUUGAAGAAUAAGCUUGUACUCCCAGAACCAACGAUGACAGAUGAUGAAAUAAAUCAGAUAAUCAAAAUGGGAGCAGACGUUCAGCUAUUGGAAAAUGUAGCCAACAGCACCGUCGCAAGGACUCCGAUGACGACAUCAAUAAUGGAGGAAGCCAGAAUAGCAGCAAUGGCAAAUAGAUUGCAAACACCUCUGGAAGGAGAAAUGAAUUUUCCAGACUCCGCAUUCCCUGUGCCUCCAACGCCUUCACAAUUUCAGACCCCAAAUCCAAUUAAACAGCUCAUGGCCCAAACACCCCUAACUAUCUUUGGAUCGAGGUCUUCAGCAGCUUUUACUCCAAGACCAAGUGAACCUUCAGUAUACGAUGACGCUUCGGACUCUGACCCGAUUGGAUCCAAGGCGAGACUGGAUAUGGCAAGAUUAUACGUAAAGGCAAGUUUGUCAAACCUCCCUGAGCCAGAGAGGAACGUUGAAGUCACAAUUCCCGAGAUUAGUACCAUGGAACAGGAAGUAGUUGAACAAGAUUUGGAUAUGGAGGAGAUAGAAAGGCGUAAGCAAGAAUUGGAGAAGAAAAAACAGGAAGAAAUGGCACGAUUGGAGACCCAGGUUAUUCAGAGGAAGUUCCCAAGACCAGUAGUAUUCAACUCAAUAGUGCUUGUCAAUGACCUAGAAAAUACAUUCAAUGAAUCGCAAUCCAAGUAUAAUCAGUUGAUAAAUGAAGAGUUCGUAAAUUUACUAGCAUAUGAUAGUGUAAAACAUCCAAUUCCUCACGGCAGACCUUCAGACCAGUACAAGCCUAAGGAGUAUUUUGAUUUAAAACUAAUUGAGGAAGCAAGGAAGCUAAUUGAUGCUGAAGCUGAAAUUUUAUCAAGAGGUUUAGACGACCGGAACUUGACGCUAGAAUGGAAAACGGAUAACUUUAAGUAUUCUCAACUCCAAAAGAGAUAUAUGCCAUGUGAAAAGCUAACAUUGCAGGAACAAAAGUUAGCAGAGGAGAUGCUAUGUAAGGAAUAUGAGAAACACCUGGAGAAUCUCUCUAAAAGAAUAAAAAGCCUAGAAAACAAGUAUAAUGUGUCAACGGGAGGAUAUCGUAAUAGAGAGGAAAAAAUCCUCAAAGAAAUUGGGGAAAUGUAUGAUUCCAUUGUACAAUUAACAAAUGAUUAUAAUUCCUUUAAGGAGAUGGAACAGGUGGAAAGAAGAUCAUCGGAGGAGAGAAUAUCAUAUCAGUUGAACUUGCUACAGAAGGAAAAAUCAAUGAAUAGAAAAUUACAGGAACUAUACGGGGAGGUGGCUCGAAUGUGACACUUUGAUGUGUACAAUAUUUUAAUAUAUAAGGGAUCUAAUUUCGUAUCAUAUACU